GCCUGCGUAACAAGCCCCCCAGGCCAAGUUUGGGUUGAAUUUAGUGGAUGACGGCAUUCCUACACUUUUUUUUUUCUUCCUUCAUAUUCUCUUCACACAGUAAGCUCGGCAACCAAAAAUCUGCAGCGCGCGAGGCAAAGUGAAGCCCCAGUUAGCUUCGCUUCGAUUCGAAGAUCGUGCGCAAGAGCAGCUGAACACUGAUCCAUGACGACGCGACGAUUUUAAACCCCUCAAGAUGCCAUCGGCAGCGUUGGGCCGCGCCAUGGGAAGCUUUUCCCUGCGCGGCGCCGGCAUCGCAAAGCUCUCGCACCAGCAUACCGUACUGCCUCGCAACGAGCUUUCUACUCUCUCGAAACGAUCAAUUGCCCCGAAACUCGCUUCCCCGUCACCUUUCCGCACCUCUCCGAUUUCUUUAAGCACAAAUCGUGCUUCUUCUACCCACCUCGUCCGAUCGCAACCCUUACCAGGCCUUUCUCCGAGACCUCUCGGCGUUACUAAUUCGGCACGACUACCGCUAUCAACCUCACCAAUUAGCGUGCUAAGACACUUCUCUGCCACCAAAGUGUCUAGUCGAGAGAAUCAGCAUGUGACAAACCCAGCCGCUCAGAAGCAGGGCGCCGAUGUCUCCUCCUCGGAGAAGGCUAUAGCCGCAAAGGAAGAAGCACAAGCCAUUGAGGGUUUUGUUAGAAGUGAAAAGGCAUCUCAGGCGGCCCAGGUUAACUUGCGCGCUCGCCUCUCUCACGACGGUAAAGAAAGCAAGAAAUCCUUAGCCUCGUUAAGCGAAGUAUGGCGCCUCGUUAAGAUCGCGAAGCCAGAGUCCAGAAAUCUCACGAUUGCCGUCAUCUUGCUCCUCGUAUCCUCCUCCCUCUUCGUCUCACUUCCCCUCGUGGUUGGCAAGGUUAUGAAUCUAGCCACGUCGAAACCCAUAGAAGAGACGGAAAUACUUGGUCUGUCUUUGUAUCAGUUCUUCGGUGCCUUCGGUUUAGCUCUUACUCUUGGUGCAUGUGCCAACUUUGGCCGUAUCGUUCUUCUGCGCAUCAUCGGUGAGAGAGUUGUCACGCGCCUGCGAUCGCAGCUCUUCCGAAAGACUUAUGGACAAGAUGCCGAAUUCUUCGACGCCAACAGGGUCGGUGAUCUCAUAUCUCGUCUCGGAACAGACACCAUCAUCGUGGGCAAGAGCAUUACGCAGAAUCUCUCUGAUGGGCUGAGAUCUAUCGUAAAUAGCGUCUCGGGUCUCGCCCUGAUGGCAUGGAUUAGCCCUAGUCUCACGGCCGUUAUCCUGGUCGCUGGUCCAUUCAUCGGCAGCGCUUCGUUCAUAUAUUCUAGGAUCAUUCGAAGACUUAGUCGUAAGAUGCAGCAAAAUCUAGGAACCCUGACCAAGAUCGCGGAAGAACGCUUGGGCAACGUCAAAACGAGCCAGGCUUUCGUGGGCGAGGCCCAAGAAGUCCGUCGUUACAACCAUCAGGUCAGGAAGGUCUUUGAUCUUGGCAAAAAGCAAUCCAUCUACGACGCCGUCUACUUCUCUGGAACCUCUUGGAUGGGCAAUAUGACGAUUAUCGCAUUGCUUUGGUAUGGUGGAAGUUUAGUCAGGGACAGCGUGAUGACCACAGGCGAUCUUACUAUGUUCGUUAUGUACGCAUUCUGGGCUGGCGGUGGUUUGUUCGGCGUGGCCAACUUCUACUCGGAACUUAUGAAGGGGGUGGGAGCGGCUACCCGUAUCUUUGAACUUCAGGACCGACACGCCAUCAUUUCUUCGACCAAGGGUAUCAAGGUUAGAUCAGCCCAAGGACCUAUCAAGUUCGAGAACGUCACCUUUGCCUACCCCACACGUCCUGCCGUAACCAUCUUCAACGGACUCGACUUUGAGAUCCCCUCCGGCAGCAACGUCUGUAUUGUUGGUCCCUCGGGUGGAGGCAAGUCGACGGUGUCGGCUUUGCUGCUGCGAUUCUAUAAUCCUACUAGUGGUACUAUCAAGAUCGAUGGAGUGGAUAUUACGCAGAUGAACGCAAAGUCCUUGCGACGCCGUAUCGGUAUGGUGUCUCAGGAGCCGGUGUUAUUCUCGGGUACGGUGGCCGAAAACAUUUCCUAUGGCAAACCCCACGCUACUCGAUCGGAAAUUGUCCUGGCGGCACAAAAGGCCAACUGCGGAUUUCUCAGCGACUUCCCCCAGGGUCUCGAGACACAGGUUGGCCCCAGAGGUGCGCAACUGUCAGGUGGACAAAAGCAGCGUAUUGCUAUUGCCCGUGCCCUUAUUAAGGAUCCCGACAUUCUCAUUCUGGAUGAAGCUACCUCGGCUCUAGAUGCUGAGUCAGAGACGUCAGUCAACCUAGCUCUGGCGGCCCUAUUGAAGGGUCGUAGAAGAACCACGAUCUCGAUCGCGCAUCGACUUUCCACCAUCAAGAGAUCAGACAAGCUCAUCGUUCUUUCCAACAAGGGCAUAGUUGCAGAAGUCGGAUCCUACGAAGAGCUCAGUGCCAACCCUCACAGUGAAUUUACUCGACUGAUGGAAUGGCAGAUGAGCGGUGGUGAUAUUCCGGCUAAGGCCCAGGACCCAAAGCUUCAGGAAUCCGAGAUCAUCGAGGAAGAAUUAGAAGAAGACGAGGAUGAAGAGGAUGUUGAAGAGCAAAACGCGAAGCAAAGAUCCAACCAAUGAUCGUUCACGUCGUUUACUAUUCCUACCACGUUUGCACGUGAAAGGGCCAGAGAGGGUAUGAAGCCCUUGAAGGUUUAAUUUUCGAAAUUUCCUUCUCUCUGUCUCUAAUUUUUAUACGGUUUCUUUCCGUCUACGGGGAACCUUUUCCCUGGAACAAAAGGGUGGAUUGGUUGACGUUGCAUAGGCACAUUUUCUAGAGGACACACGUCAUGUACAAAUAGGCCUGACCUGGAAAGAGGGCGUCUUGGGGUUGGUCAACGGACAUUGUAUUAUAGAGUAAUUUGGUCCAGAACUCCACUCGAUACCAUAAAGUAGGUGCUACAUAUGUACAUAUGUAUGUACAUAUGUAGGCACCUAUUAUCACGAUGUACCUUAGUAACUAUUACUGUGUAUGUACCUACCCUACAUAUGUAGGUAGUAGGUAGUAUAUGUAGGUAAGUGAAGGGGAACCCGUUUUACGAGACGUGACUACGGGAAGGAACGAAGCCACGAAGCCAGGAAGGCAAGCAAGUUCACGAACGAAGGCACGAAAGGGAAAUGGGGAAAAGGGAACGACGAAGCUUCGAAAUGAACAAUUGAGUUUUGGCAGGGUAGGUAGGUAGGGUUCAGGGUUCCUUAAGUAAUAUGUAAGUAGAUGUCGAUGGGCGGGCAUUACGUAUAAAAAGGACCUUCAAUAUACCUUCCUAGUUUUUCUA